CACGGCCUCUCUCGAUUGACUUUCUUUCCAAUUCGAAUUAUCCGCAAUCAACGCCAUUGGACUUAACCAAACCUACUCAGCCAUCCGAGGUAACCUCAGGAAACCCACAGAAAACAUACAUGACAAAUUGUCGAUUGCAACUGGAAUGUGCGUCACGGAGAGAGCACUUCCCCACCUCUUCUCUAGCCGCAUCAAGUGUAGCGGACAGUCGAAUCCGAGUUGCUGUCAGAAGUGCUCGUGGACCUGCUGGGCCAGUCGGGCCACAGGGGUUACGGGGGCCACCCGGGCCUCCUGGUCCUAAAGGGGACUGUGCCAGAGAGUCAAACAAAUCCGCAAGCAGCAGUGCCAAAGAUGACCGCGAUAGAAAACUCAAACUGUUCCCCGUCGCACGCAAACAACGCAUACGUCAACGCGAUACUGCCGAGGCGCUGCCUGGAAGACAGGAAGUCGGAGAAGCUGUUUUUGAAGCCGGUAUGUCAAAGCUGGGUGGCCUGUUGGUGACAGAUACUUAUACUAGACGCAAAAGAUCCAACGAUGAUACAGCAGAGUACAUUUUGAAGGAGUUUUUUAUACCCAAAAGUAGGCCAUUUUCUGACAGAUUGGUUACGAUAGAAAGCUUUAUGGGCAGAUGUUCACUUCAACUACCUCAGACGAAGUUAGGUUCUUUAGACACCAAUUCCCAGGAGACGUUGAAAUGCGCUUCUGAGCCCAUUGAAUUGCUAUCCCCAUUUGAUGGCAUAGUGAUCGACUGGGAUCAUUUGGAAGGAGUUUCUACAGAACAACUUUGGAUGUAUUUCGAAACGGCGCUAAACAAUGAGACGUUCAGUCAAGCUAUAGAAGACCCAGCACCUGCUUCAUCGAGCAUCCAUUCCAUUGUAAGCUGGCGUCGACUGGUGGCCGAUCCGAGGGUUUCAACUAGUAAACCAGAAACUAGAACAGCAGACCGAUAUCUUCAGCGUGGCUCGAAACGAACCUGGACCAGAAAAGCGGAUUCAAGGGUGCCGGGAGGAGCUGCGGUUAAGAUUACCCUUAGCAUACACCUUUUGAUCUUCAUUGUGAUCAGUAUGCAACCAAUACGAUGA